AUGCCUAAUCCUCGCCGCGGCUGUGUUCAUAUAGCUACCGAAGUAUCCGGAGAGGGUAAUAAGUUAAACUGGGCCGAUACAAAAGCAACAUUGAAGGAAGUUCGUUUAUGGUUGCAUUACAUUGUCUAUUUCUGCGUCGGCAUUAGUGUCUCUUUAUUGUCACUAUUUGCUCCUACGAUCGUCCAGGAACUUAGCUAUACUGGCCUCGAGGCCCAGCUGUUUACUAUUCCUCUAUAUGCCUAUGUAUAUAUAUUAACUAUGGUGACAGCUUACUUAUCAGAUAACCCCGCACUACAUCUGCGUUAUAUAAUAUUGGUUUUUUUAACCUCUUCUGUCUUUGCUGUAUUACCCCCUCUAUAUGCCUGGGUUUCGGACAACGUUCGCAGCACGACAGCUAGAUCAUUGGCAUCCGGCUUAAAUAUUGUAUUUAUAGGACCGGGGCAGAUCGUUAUCGUAUGGAUUUACUAA